AUGUCAGAACUUACUCAUCCAAUGAUCAAAGACGGCUGGUUCUCCGAAAUCUCCAACACUAUGUGGCCAGGUCAGGCAAUGUCCCUUCGUGUGGAAAAAAUCCUUCAUGUUGAGAAAUCCAAGUACCAAGAUGUCUUAGUGUUCAAGUCUACCGAUUAUGGCAAUGUCCUGGUCCUCGAUGGUGCCAUUCAGGAUACUGAAAGAGAUGAAUUUUCAUACCAAGAAAUGAUCACUCAUUUGGCAAUGAACUCUCACCCUAAUCCAAGGAAAGUUCUUGUUAUUGGUGGUGGUGACGGUGGUGUCUUGAGAGAAAUUCUCAAACAUGACACCGUUGAGGAGGCACACCUUUGCGACAUUGAUGACGCCGUCAUCAGGGUUUCAAAGAAGUACCUUCCGGAAAUGUCCAAGUCUUACCGGGAUCCUAAGGUUCACGUUCACAUUCAAGAUGGCUUUGAGUUUUUGAAAAAAUAUCAAAACACUUUUGAUGUCAUCAUUACUGAUUCGUCUGAUCCAGAAGGUCCUGCAAAAUCCUUGUUUCAGGAGCCUUACUUCAAGUUGCUCAGCGAUGCACUUACAGGGAAAGGUGUCAUGACCACCCAAGGUGAAUGCAUUUGGUUACAUUUACCAUUAAUUAAGGAGGUCAAAGCCGACUGCAAGAAAGUAUUUCCUGUCGUUGAAUAUGCCUACUGCACCAUCCCAACCUAUCCAUCCGGACAGAUUGGAUUCAUGGUUUGCUGUAAGGAUAAAACUGCCAACCUUCAAAAGCCACUCAGAACCGUUGAUUCAGAGACUGAACGAAAGCUCUACACUUACUACAACAAGGAGAUUCAUGAAGCUUCGUUUGUUCUUCCAAACUUUGCCAGAAAAGCUUUAGAAAACUGA